UUUCUUCUUCGUCUUCUUCGUUUCUUCUUCUAGCUCCUUCGUCUCUGUUGAAUCGGAGAACAAUGAAGACCUCUCUCAGAAAGUUGCGAGGUCUCGCACUUCCCAAGCACGAAGCUAAGGACCACCGGAUCGCUCUUCAGCCGCUGGCUCAAUUGGACGAGCUCGCUCAGGCUUCUCAGGACAUGCAAGAUAUGAGGGACUGCUAUGAUAGCUUACUUUCGGCAGCUGCAGCGACAGCAAAUAGCGCUUACGAAUUUUCGGAGUCAUUGCGGGAAAUGGGUGCUUGUCUUCUUCAGAAAACUGCAUUGAAUGACGAUGAAGAUGGUGGUAAAGUUCUGUUGAUGCUAGGGAAAUUGCAGUAUGAACUCCACAAACUUGUUGAUAGCUAUCGCUCUCAUAUAUUCCAAACUAUUGCAGUUCCAUCAGAAUCUCUUCUCAAUGAACUUCAAACAGUUGAGGAGAUGAAGAUCCAGUGUGAUGAGAAAAGAGACGUAUAUGAGUAUAUGCUAAAAAGACAGAAAGAAAAAGGGAGGUUAAGAGGUGGAAAAGGAGAGACCUUUUCGGUGCAGCAAAUACAACUUGCUCGUGAUGAAUAUGAUGAGGAGGCAACUUUAUUUGUUUUCCGGUUGAAAUCUCUUAAGCAAGGACAAUCGCGUAGUUUGCUCACACAGGCAGCUCGGCAUCAUGCUGCUCAGUUAUGCUUCUUCAAGAAGGCACUUAGUUCUGUUGAAGCAGCAGAACCCCAUGUUAAAUUGGUAACUGAACAGCAGCAUAUUGAUUACAAGUUCAAUGGGCUAGAUGAUGAAGGGGACGGUGACAACGAUGAUGAUGAUAAUGAUGACGAUGAUUCCUCUUUUGUGAAUGAUGACGGAGAAUUAAGCUUUGACUAUGGAAAUAAUGAGCGAGAGCCAGAUGUUUCUACAACACGAAGCUCAAUGGAGUUGGAUCAGGUCGACAUCACCUUUCCCAAGAUAUCCAGUGUGGAAGCUUUGAAGGACAGACUUCGCAGAAAUUCAUUUUCGUUUAAGGGCAGGGCAUUCAGCCAAUCCGCCCCGCUCUUUCCUGAAAAUAAGUUGGACCAAACUGAAAAAAUGAGACAUUUGCAGCCAUCAUUAUCGCGGAAGUUCCACUCGUAUGUACUACCCACACCUGUUGAUACAAACCAUUCAGUUUCUACUGGACCUGGUAAUACAGUUCCCGAAACUGUACAGACAAGGUUAAGUGGCCGGCAGAAUUUGUGGCAUUCAUCGCCCUUGGAACCAAAUAAUGAAAAGAUCAUGGGAGAUAAGAAACCUGCUGGACCAACAGUAAUAAAUGCACAGUCAGUCCUCAGAGAAAGCAACAAUAAUAUUGCAUCCCAUCGAUUACCCCCUCCUCUUGCAGGUCGUAUGUUGUCUACAGGGCUGGAUCCCCUGGCUGCUUUUGAUUCUAAGAAGUUAAAAAGACUGGCGUUUUCUGGUCCUCUAACAAGUAAGCAUUCGUCUUCCAAGCCUGUAUCAGUUGGAUCUCACCAAAUGUUUUCUGGACCUCUGUUGAGAAAUCCAAUACCUCAACCUCCAUCAGUAUCACCACCUAAAGUAUCUCCAAAUGCAUCUCCUACUUUUAUGUCCUCGCCUAAAAUAAGUGAGCUUCAUGAGCUUCCUAGGCCUCCUGUUGGCUUGACCUCCAAGUCUGCAAGACCUCUAGUUGGCCAUUCAGCCCCCUUGGCACCCAGAGCACAAAUGCAAUCUACUUCAAGUAAACCACCGUUGUCACCUACAGCUUCUCCUCUGCCAACACCUCCUCAGAUCAUCCCCCGUAGUUUCUCUAUACCUUCAAGGAGUCCUAGAGUGACAGAGUUGCAUGUAUCUAAAUCACACGAGGUCUUUCCUGUUCCUGAAAAGUCUGAAGACGUUGCUUCACCUCCUUUGAGUCCAAUAGCCUUAUCUAACUCACCUAAGAAAUCAUAAGACCAGCUCUGAGAUUGUUGUCCGGGCUGUUCAAGUUAGAGGUGCAGAUUGAUUAAUUUCAUUUUUGGCGAUAUUUUGUUUCUAACUUGGCAACAAAAUGUUGUGGUGGAAAAAGAGUGUUCUCAUCCGCUCCCAGAGGUGCACAUUUGUAAAUAUACCUUUUGUCCAUGACAGUUCUCGAAUUUAUUUUGGUUGUCAAUUUUACUAGCAAGGUCUUUCAUACAACGGCAUGUGGCUUUAAAUCGUAUAAAUACUAGCGCCAUUUCUUCCAUCAAUCUCAGCAGUUUUGCAGUUUCUUUCCCAC